GAAGCUGACGGUCCUUUUCCUGCGCGUGCCCGUGGCAGAGACGGUGUUCAUCUGCCGGAGAAACGGUACACAAUGCCAUCAUUGGUUUUAAACAGCAGCGAGAACGUUGUCACCAUGAACGAAGGAUUAGAGAACAAUUUUGAAGCCAAAAAAAAGAAGGACAAGACCAAGAAGAAAAAAAUGACCGAGACGGAGGAGUCUGCUGACUACGAUCCACCGGCUCCCAAAAAGGUCAAACGAGAAAAGAUGGACACCGCCAACGGGACAGCGCAGAAAUCUUCCGAAGUUAACGAAAACUUUGGGAAGAAACCAGUUAAGGUUAAGAACAGUCAUUCUACUGAUGAGCUCGUGAACCCAGCAAGCGAACAGUCUGAGAAGAAGAAAAAGAAAAAGAAGGCAGCGACACCAGAUGACACAACAGUCGACCAAGUAGUACCAUCCGUCAAUGGCAUUAGUACCAAAUCCCUGAAGACACAAGCCAAAGUCAGCGGGCAUUUCACAGACUCCACCUCAUCACAGACCAGUGAAGACUCCAACAGUGAGAGUGAAAAGGAUGCGGAGACGCCAGAGCAAAAAGAGGGCGCCUUCUCGAAUUUCAGAAUCUCACAAGACACCAUCAAGCUACUCCAAGCGCGGGGUGUGACGUAUCUGUUUGACAUUCAAGUGAAGACCUUCAACUCGGUGUACGACGGGAAGGACGUGAUCGGCCAAGCCCGAACCGGCACAGGAAAGACCUUCUCUUUCGCUCUCCCGCUAGUGGAGAAACUACAGUCAGGAGCUGAGGAGAAGAGAAGAGGCAGAGCACCAAAGGUGCUGGUUCUCGCUCCUACUCGAGAGCUAGCAAUUCAGGUGACUAAAGACUUCAAGGAUAUCACCAAGAAGCUCUCUGUUCACUGCUUCUAUGGAGGAAGUUCCUACAACCCUCAAGUGGAUGCCAUUCGUAGCGGCAUCGACGUACUUGUUGGCACCCCAGGCCGAAUAAAAGACCACCUUCAGAACAAUAAACUGGAUCUGUCCCAGCUGAAACAUGUGGUGCUGGAUGAAGUGGACCAAAUGCUUGAUAUGGGCUUUGCCGAACAAGUGGAGGAGAUCCUCUCCGCUUCCUACAAAAAAGGUGAUGACAGCAACCCUCAGACACUGCUCUUUUCUGCCACUUGCCCUCCUUGGGUUUACGACGUGGCGAAAAAAUACAUGCGUUCCCAGUACGUCCAUGUGGAUCUCAUCGGCAAAAAGUCUCAGAAAGCAGCCACCACAGUUGAGCAUCUGGCCAUAGCAUGCCAUUGGUCUCAGAGGGCAGCAGUGAUUGGUGAUGUAGUGCAGGUGUACAGCGGCAGCCACGGACGCACCAUUGUCUUCUGUGAGACCAAGAAGGAAGCACAGGAGCUGUCCAUGAACACCUCCAUCAAACAGAAUGCACAGUCUUUGCAUGGAGACAUUCCUCAGAAACAACGAGAGCUCACACUGAAGGGCUUCAGGAGUGGCAGCUUUGAGGUCCUGGUGGCCACCAACGUGGCUGCACGAGGCCUCGAUAUCCCAGAAGUUGAUCUGGUUGUACAGUGUUCUCCUCCAAAGGACGUCGAGUCAUAUAUUCACCGCUCUGGGCGAACUGGCCGAGCAGGAAGAACUGGCAUCUGCAUCUGUUUCUACCAACGCAGAGAAGAAGACCAACUGCGAUAUGUGGAGCAGAAGGCGGGUAUUACUUUCAAGCGCGUUGGCGUUCCAACAGCUAAUGACAUCAUCAAAUCCUCCAGUAAAGAUGCAGUCAGGUUCCUGGAUUCUGUACCUCCAGCAACUGUAGAACAUUUCCGCACAGCGGCCGAGAGGCUAAUCGAAGAGCGAGGUGCAGUGGAGGCGCUAGCUGCUGCACUUGCACACAUUUCAGGAGCCACGAGUCUAGAGCAGAGAUCGCUCCUCAACUCGGAUGCCGGUUAUAUCACAUUGGUGCUCAAUUGCUCUCUGGAGAUGCAUAAUAUCGGUUAUGCUUGGCGAGGGCUGAAAGAGCAGCUCGGGGAGGGAAUAGAUGACCAGAUUAAACGCAUGACCUUCCUGAGGAGUAAAAAGGGUGUUUGCUUUGACGUCCCAGCCGACAAGGUGAAAGAAAUCCAGGACAAAUGGCAAGAUGGCCGCAGGUGGCAGCUGACCAUCGCCACUGAACUUCCCGAACUGGAGGAAAGCAUGCGGAACCAUGGAGAACGAGGGUCUGGUGCAAGAGUCAGAGGUCGUGGUGGAUUCCGCAGCGGCUUCCAUGGUGGCAAUAACCGAAGUGGAGGGAGAUGGAGAGGAGGAGGAGGAAGAGGAAGAGGUGGUCCUCAAAAGAGGAACUUCAGCCAGGCUUUUGACUAUUAAACAUCACACAUUUGCUCUUGAGUGGCUUUCUUUUCCAGCCUUGAAGACUGGGUCUGUCAAUUUCUUUUUCUUUUCUUUUCUUUUUUACUUGUAUUUGGGGAAUCAGCCAUUGUCCUUCUCUGGAAAACUGUUUUCCCAAACCUUACUCAGAAAAAACAAGCUAAUUGCCUUGCAAUUGUGUAUUUAAACAGCUCUAUUUAAGCCCAUUCACAUGAAUGUGAAUUUCAUUAAAGUUGUCUUAAUACACAUAAA